GUCAAACUCAGACCAUACAAAUGCAACAGGUGCAGCAAAGCUUAUACAAUGAAAGGCAACCUAAGAAGACAUCAAAAAGUCGAAUGCGGAAAAGAAAAGUGUUUGAAAUGCAUAGUCAACCACCGUUCUAUGUCACAAAAGAUGGCAACCAAGAAUUCUACUCUUGCACCUUUUGUCAUCUGAAGUACCGUCAUCAACCUUCAGUUUACAGGCACUUGAGGAAGAAAUGCUUGAAUCGCCAGGACUCGCCGUUUAUUGUGUAGUGACAGCUUGUUCUGCAUAAUGGUCCACCUGUUAUACUGUACCUACUUAAAAUGUAUGCACUCGCAACUGUAUUCCUGGAGAAUGCACCUAAUUUUAAUUGUGUUAUGUUUUAAAGUCUUGUCAGUAUCAGGGAUAUCGAGAAAAAAUUUGGUUUGACUGAUAGUAUUAGAAGUUAUUGAUACAUAAUAAUGGAAUGUUUGUCUAUAUCAGUGUGUCCUGACCGAAUUUCAUUCUGAUUAAAAG